AGGGAGUUGGCAACCCUAGAUGUGGGCCACAUCAGUGAACUGUCUUUGAGGAAGCUUUGGCUCCGAUGUGUGAAGCAGGAGAUCACUGCUGAACAGAAGAAGAAAAUGGAGGAAUCUGUCCAGUCUCUGGCGUCUGUCAAAUCUCAGAAUUACUUCGGACGAAGUUGCUGCAAAUCCUGUGCUGACAUCACAGACUCCUACCACUGGGAGCUGAGAGAGCCCGUGGUCUCCAUGGAGACCGUAUUACCAGUGUAUAAACACAGGUCUUCCUCAGGAUGUUUUGAGUGUGCGGUGUCUGGUUUGCGUUGGGUGUGUGGCGGAGAAGUCACUCUACAAUAUCAAUUCAUUGACCCUGAUGUCCUCAGAGCAGAACUCGCCAUGCUGCAGUAUGUACCCAUUGGUCCGUUGAUGGACAUCAAAGUGCUCUCAGGUGAGCUGUUGGAGGCUCACCUGCCCCAUUUUGCCUGUCUGGACGGGUCAGACUCCUCCUUUAGAGACGCUGUGAGAGUUCUGCGUGGAGUGAACAACAGCGUAACCCUGGAGACCUGUGAGCUGACCCGCUUCCACGUCAAACUCCUCAAGCCCUCCUUCUCACAGAUUGGAGUCCUGCUGAAAAUUUACAUCCCAAUGAAAGUCCAUCUUGAUGUGUUAAUCUAUCGGACCAGAGUGACACCCUUGACUCUUCACACAUAUGUUGUGCCACGAGAUGCUUACAUGAUUCAAGCUGUAACAGAUGAGAUAUCAGUGAUCCAAGAUGCAAAGAGGAUCACAAAACCUCGUCCGGACAUGUCGAUCUGGAUGAACUCUAAAUUCAGCCUCACCUCGUCCUCUUCUGCUGAGAUUGCCCCAUCGGAGAUCACCCUUAAAUACAUUCGGCCCCCAGACUGGUUUGAGGUGUUCAUGGAGAAAGCAGAGGACUGUUUUGAGUUGGAGGUCAUCAGUCAAGGACAGUCCAUUUGGAAAGCAAAAAUGCGAAGCAUUGAGUUUGGCACAGCGUCCGGUAAUUCUGAAGAAGGGAGAAGAAACAGGGUGGCAGUAGAUAACAGAGGGGAAGGGGAAAUGGCCUCCUUGUCAAACGAAGACAAGCACUUCAUAGACAGACACCGUACUGCUUUGAUUGACCGUGUGAAUGUGAUUGAUGCCAUGCUGGACCUUCUGCGGGAAUGGGACGCCCUUGACAAAGAGGCUUAUGAAAAGGUGCGCUCUUGUAAUACCAGGCAGAACCAAAUGAGGAGUCUGAUAGACCACUGCACCACCCAGAAGGAAAAAGACCUGCUGUAUAGGGCUCUGAUGAAGACAAAUAAAUUUGUAGUAGAAGAACUAGAGGGGAAUAGACGUAGUUCUAUAGUACCGUCUUGUACAGUGCUCUGAAGGAGACAAAUUAAUUCCUGAUGAGGGAUCUAGGGGGUUUAGCUAAAUAAUGCAACAUCCUACCUGGAAGUAUAUAUCCAAUUAUGUUUACUGAGUUGUUGUAAACAAACAAUUGCAUAGACAUUGACACAGUAAAAUAUGACAAAAGUCUAUGGUUAAGUUGUUGGCUGUGUUCCAGUACCUCUGCACUCUCCCUCUUUUAAACAUUCCAUAUUGUCCUUUAUGUCUUGAAUAUGUUUAUGCUACUGCCCUUUUAUGCUUUUAUGUACUCUGUGCUCUUUAUGUAAAUCACACAAAUUACUAGGGGUGGCACGGUUCACAAAAUCUACGGUUCGGUUCGUAUCAUGGUUUAGGGUCACGGUUUACGGUUCGGUGCGGUUCUUGUUGUUAUUUUUUCUUUUACUCUUUAACACUCCAGAAACAUAUUUCAGCACAUAGCUUAAUCAUCCACAAUUAGGCUAGAGUAUUUAGAGAAUAGUUAUCAUGUAAUAAUGCACAAACUGAAUUUGACUUCACAUAAAGCACAUUAUUGUCUGAGGAAACGUUAAGCUUCAGUUGAGAUUUUGAUAAAGCAAGAGGGAAGACAUUGAUGAUUUCAACAAUCAUUUUCAUUUAUUUGGCAGGGAUGGUGCACCAGCACAAAAUGUAGGUCGUCCACCCAUAUUUUUCAUUGCAUCGCCUUUUUAUCGCUCUCCUUUCAUAUAGUGUGAAUGAUUUUUUAACAAGAUGUAAAGCUUGUCUUUAUUUGAAACACACACACAUUAUGUGAUUAUUUAUUCAUUCUAUAUACUGACAUGUCUGAUAUUCAUAACAGCAAACUUUAUGCAGAUUAUAGCCUACUAUUCAUUAUAACUCAACCCUUUAAAUUCAGCUGUCUGGCUGAAGCCUCAAAAUAUUGUAAACAAAGUAGCAGGCUAAGCUCAUCAUACUCUACUGGUUGGACUGUUCAGUUUCCCCACAUGUGUUUUAGUUUCAAGGUAAGCUAAUACUUUUUCUCCUUGGGACAGGCCCUUUUAAGCCUUGGAGUUGAAAACAUUGGUAUUGAGAUGGUCAGUCAACUUGAAUGCAAGAGAUUUUAUCAAAUGUCUGAUGCUAACCGUUUUUAACAGUAAUUUAGCUAAUCGUCUUCUGUGCGUCAUUGCGUUCACGAUUGUGAAUGUUCUAUUUGGAUUAAUGUGCAUGUCGAGGGCGGGUGUCCAUUGAGCGCGCACGAGAGCGGGCCAAGGAGAAUGAGUUUACUUCUACUGUUUGGUAAAGUUGCACGCAUAGUCUACAGUUACGGAAGAACAUGCUUCCACCCGAGCAGGGUCAGGUGCAUCAGUUUGACCACGCUAGGGAUGAUCUCUCGCACUUGCCAUUUCUAAAACCUUGCGCGCAGCACUCAAAACUCCAUACUCCUACUCUCGCACGUAAGGGAAACACGUCGUGACAUAUGGGAAUCAAUUGCGCAUGCCAUAACUAGCCUGAACCGUAGGACCGUACGACAAACACACACUCCGAACCGUGACAUGCGAACCGCACGGUUCGGAGCAUUUUUCAAAAACCGUGCCACCCCUACAAAUUACCCCUGUGUAAGGGAUAUUCUAUAUCAAUAAACGUGCCUGGCCUUGCCCUGUGGAAUAUACUUUUUGGA